AUGUCUACACCAAGCUUCAGAGCCGAAGUACGCACACCAUACCGCUCAUACACCACUCUCCGUGAACCACCAACCCCAAUCCGAAUCCCAAUUCAUAAUGACGCCAGCAAGAUGGCGCUCCCGGACAAGAAGACCUUCCUGGACCGACAUAUCAAAAGACUGGGUCGAUCCGUGCCCGACCUAGACGACUGCUCCAUCUGUAGCGAGGAAAUGUGCUUCCCAGCCGAGCUACCCUGCGGCGGCAAGCACGUCUUCUGCCAAGACUGCAUAGAGCGCUGGUUCAAGCAGGCUACCACGUGUCCGCUCUGUCGACAAGUACUAUUCAGACAGAAGCUCAGGCUCCCAUUUGGUGUCCCGUUGGAGAUGCCCAGGCGCCCCGGCCCGUCCACGAUUGAGCUCCGGGAAAGCCUCCGGGUUCCGGUCGGAGAGACCGACCCAAUCUUCACGCGUCGGACAGGAGAUAUGCAGUACUCACAGGAUCGUCCGCCGCCGCCGCCGCCGUUUAAUCAUGUCACGGAGAUGCGGCAGCAUGUCGAGGAAACCUUUGAGCCGAACGUAGCCGGCACUAUGCUGCGAAUCAUUGACGCAGCCGGCGAGGCGGCCAUGAGGCUAACAGAAGGCUUGUGGCCAACAGAAGGCUUGAGGCCAACAGAAGGCUUGAGGCCGACAGAAGGCUUGAGCAGACUGGAGACGGUGCAUGAGGAGGAUGAGAGUGAGCAAGAAGAAGAACAGGUCAGGAACUGGGACGGAGGCCUUCUCGGUCCACUUACGAGGGCGUGGGAGUCUGCUGCCGAAGGAGCGGUGAAUUUGUUCGAGUAUGUGCGCGACACUGGCUUGCACGAAGACCAGGUAGGUGAUGACGGAGAUGAGGCUUUCGGAGGAGGAUGGAUGUGGUUCCUGUGUAAUCUUCCGCGGCCACGAUAUCAUCAGUCACGGCUCAUGUGA